AUGUUGGAGUGUGGUCGCCCCAUCCUCGCCGCCGUUCGUCGGAAAUAUAAUAAUGAGCGACUCCGGGACCUCUUCGAGCGCGGAACCGAGCUUGCCGCUUUACACCUCUGCCCCGGCAUCUCCACAAGGCGACCAAGCAAGCGAACCCGUGCCACUCGACCAAGCACCCGUACAAGACUCGGUCCCGACGCCAACGGAAACGAAGGGGGCGCCAAGCAACCCCCGACUCGCACCCGACCACGUGAUGGGAAACCCGUCGUCAGUUCCACGCCGGAUGAGAACAGGAGGCGCCUGAGAGCCCUCAUGUCUGGAGUCAAGUGGGCCGCUGUAGAGAGCGACCCGCUCAGCGAGGCCUACGCCGCGUUCCAGGCCGUCGCGGCGGACUGCCGGGUUCUGUGUGACGCCAUUGUCGAUUUCGAGCGGCGAGGAUAUGGCUCGGACUCCGAGUCCGAGAAGGGCUCCACGUCGCCCAGCAAGGAUAAUAAUGCUACGAAUCCUGGGUCUUCGGCGUUUCUCGAGCUGGAGUAUGGCACGGUGCAAUCUGCCUGGUCGCAUAUUGACAAGCUCCUGAAUUUCCGGGAGACGGAGCCUGCCGACGAAGAAGCCGCGGCGCAGAAACUCUCCCGUCAGUCCACCGGGGUGCGGUCUGAGUUGAGCAUCGAGGAACCUCCCAAGCCACUUGCAGACUUUGCUGGCGCGGUGGCGGAUGAGGCGACGUUGCGGGCCCCGGACCGUCCCGACGACAGCCUGCCAAGGCAGAGGGCCCCUAAAGCAGAGAGGCCAAUCACUGAGAGGUACGACAUAUCUACACGGGGAGACACCAUCCUCGAGUUCCCCGUGAUUCCUGGUGAGGGCACUCCCGUCGCCGGAUCCCUGCCGCGGCGGCGCAGGGCGAGCUUUAGGGUGUCGUCGCACAUCCUCUCCGAGGUAUCGCCCGUGUUCGCCCAGCUGUUUAGCAAGACGUCCCUGGGCGGGCGCAGGCGGGACGAGGAUUUCCAGGGCCCGUACCCGCGGGCCCGGGGCGAGUUCAACAUGGACGGGCUGCAGGUCAAGGUGUACCGGAUGCCGCCUCUCAACCCGCGGGAGAUUAGCCCGCUCGAGAUACUGCUCCACGCCGCGCACAUGCAUAACGCGCAGGUGCCGCGGGCCAUCGACUUUGAGAGGUUCGUGACCAUUGCGGAGCUGUGCUACCGGCUGCAGUGUACCUCGCCGCUUGAAGUCUUUGUUGAGAUGCGCUGGCUCCCGGACUGGGUGCACAUGGGGACCGAGGCCAUGCCCGACGGCCUGCUGCUCAUCAGCUACGUCUUUGGCAGCCGCGGGCUCUUCACGCGCAUGACCAAGUCGGCCAUCCUCAACGUCGUGGGCGAGGAGGAGCUGUCCGACAAGCCGUGGCCCAAGGAGCUCAAGGACAAGCUUUGGGCGGUCCGCAGCGCCAAGAUGGAGCAAGUCCACGAGUGCGACGCGGCGAACCUCGGGUACUUGAUGAUGGUGAUGUCCGAGAUGCAGCUCUUACCCAUCAUCAUGAACCCGGCCGUCCUCUCCCACCUCAGCGAACCCGGGUCCGGCGCCGCCCUCGCGCUGCCGCGGCGGAGCUUGGCGCAGCUCGUGCGGAUGCUGCAGACGAUUCCGGGACCGCCGAACCCCGUGCACAAGGGCGUGUGCGAUCCCAUCCCGGCGUUCCGGGCGUCCGUGAUUGAUAUAUACAAUAGCCUGUCGGGCCUCACGCUGUUCGACGUCACGGGGAAGCACGGCUACGUUCUAUCGAGGGAAUACGCUACGACGCCGCAGAGCGGUUUCUUCCGCCCGCCCCUCUCGGCCGAGGCACCCUCGGCCACGCUGCCCCUUGUGGGCGCGCACUCGAUCCCCGAGGGCGUCAUGCUGGGUCUCCUGCGCCAGCUCAGCGUCGUGCACGACAUUAGCGCCUUGGCGAUGGCGAACAAGAGCUUCUACGCCACGUAUAAAAAGUACGAGUGCACCCUCCGAGGCGGCGCGCCCAACCACCUGGCCACCGCGUCGGCGACCGCUGCAGUCCAUCGAGCCACGGUGAGCGUGGACAACGGCACCCUCGACGGCGACGAUGACGACGACUCGGACCUCGGGCCGUCCGUGCCCUUGGAGCAGAUCCUCACCGAGGAAGAAGCCCGGAGGAUCCUCUGGCCAGAGGCUCCGCCGCGGAGCCCUCCGCCCAGCGCUGCCCCCGCAGACCGCAGGAGCACCACGCCGGUCCUCGUCACGACGCCGCCGGAGGGGUGCCGCCCCCGAGGGCUCGAGGGAGAAGUUUAG